UUUCGAUGAGGCUGUUGCAGUCUGCUUUAGUGUGUUCACUUCACCCACAAGAGAAUACAACUAUUAUCCAGUGCUAUUCAAGUGACAUUGAACAACUUUUUACCAAUUAUAUCUUAAGGGUCCACCACAUUCACAAUGAAAACCCCCAUCUACUGGUCUUACCUUAUAGGCCGACUACUCUUUCUGUUUUUACAUCAAGGGAGACGUACUGCCAUGUUCCAACCCAGUACGAAUUGGAUGUCACGGCAGUUUCCAUGUGACGUCAAAGGUGGACACUUUGGAAGGCCAAGACUCGUGUUCGACUGUGGGGAAAAAAAACUUCGAAAAGUACCUGAAGGGAUAACCAGCAAUGCCACUGUGGUCAUUUUUAAAAAAAACGAUCUUCAGCAAAUACCAGGGAAUGCGUUUUCUCAUCUGGAAGAUCUCGCUGAACUUAAUCUUUCCCAGGCCAAAAGGAACGGACUGAGGAACGUCGACAUCAAUGAGGAUGCUUUCAAUAAUUUGACAAAGCUGCUAUCACUGGAUUUAAGCAACAAUCGUCUGACUUAUAUCCCCGGAAAUCUUCCUCCCAGUUUGAAAACGAUUUGGCUAAACAAUAACAGCUUCCUGGUGCUCAACAAAAACAGCUUUUCUGGUGUAAGAAAUGUGACACAUCUAUUCUUGCACAAAAACUGCUAUUUUAGCAAUAAGUGCUUCAAGCAAGUGAGUAUUUCAGAUGACAGUUUGGCAGUUUUGACAAAGCUUGAGGUUCUCGACCUUUCCUCAAACAAUCUAACACGAGUUCCAAAGGGACUACCAACAACGCUAACCAACCUGGCACUUAGUGACAACCAAAUACAUUACAUUUUUGAAGAGGACUUUAAAGAGCUCCAUCACUUAAAAGCACUGACAGUACAUGGAAACUGCCCAAGAUGUGGAAAUGCUCCAUAUCCCUGUGUACCUUGCCCCAAUAUUUCUCUUGGAAUCCAUCCUAAUGCAUUUGCUAACCUUACCCAACUAAAGACGUUACACUUAGCAGGCAACUCCCUAACAGUACUUGACGAUUUUUGGUUUGAAAAUCUCAGACAUCUGACAAAACUCAAGCUAUCAUUCAAUCUUUUACAAAAUGCCAUUCAGGGCGAACUGAAGAGUUUUAGUAGUCUUUCAUAUUUACAGCACUUGGAUCUGUCCUUCAAUUUUGGCCAUAAAGCAUACCCAAAGACCGUUCAGCUGUCAAACGGUUUUUCAAAGCUUAGGUCGCUUCGAGUAUUGCACUUGGUUGGUUUGGUUUUCAGAGAAAUUGAAUUUGAUACUUUGAAACCUCUUUUUUCACUCAAAAACCUAACUGUGCUAAAUCUAGGGACUAACUUUAUUGUUCACUCUAAUUCCACCAUAUUCAAAGAUCUCCCACAGUUGCAAAGCAUAUACCUAUCAGAAAACAGACUGUAUCCCGUUUCAGUAAGUACGCCUAGCCCACCUGGCCAGGGAGGAAAUGUUAAAGCCGACCUGAUUUCUUCACCGCACCUGAUGGCCAACUCGUUGAAUUCUGGUAUCACUUUGGCUAAUCCAGAGUGUAUCAAGGCAGGUCGUGUGCUGAGUUUUAGCUCAAAUAAUCUUUUCUUCAUUAGUCGUGAGCAAUUUGAAGGCUAUGAUAAUAUCUCAUGCCUUAACCUUUCAAGAAAUGGGUUUUCAUCUGCAUUAAAUGGGACAGAAUUUGAGUCGUUGCCAAACCUCACAUAUUUGGAUCUGUCAUUUAAUAAGAUUGACUUGGCCUAUAGUGAUGCAUUCCAAGAAUUACAGAAGCUAAAGGUAUUGGACAUCAGUUUCAACGACCACUACUUUAAAGCCUAUGGGAUCACACAUAAUUUAGAUUUUGUUAAAAAUCUGCCUUUUCUUGAGAUAUUAAAUAUGAGCAAUAAUUGCAUUCAUACUUUAACUACCAAAAUGUUACAGAGUGAUUCAUUAAAUGAGCUUCGAUUCGGACACAAUGAGCUUGGAACCCUUUGGAAAGAUGACUCGUAUAUAAAUCUGUUUAGAAAGCUCACUAAGUUGACAAUACUAGACAUUUCUUCCAACAACAUUGUUGCAAUUCCUGAUAAGGUUUACACUUUGUUACCACAGCAGCUCACAACCCUGUUCAUAAAUUACAACAAACUCUCGGAUUUUAAUUGGACCAAACUAGAACAUUUCAACAACCUCCAGAUCCUCGAUCUAAGUCACAAUGCUAUGACUUAUGUACGAAGCGUUGCCUCCCGUUCUUUAAGAACUCUGAAUUUGGCUCAUAAUCAAAUUGCACAACUCUCGAAUGGAUUUUUAGAGGGCGCCGUAAGCCUUACAACCCUCUUGCUGAACCACAACAUGCUGACUGUUAUCAACCAGACCAACUUCUUAACAAAACCUAAAAACUACCUUCAAAUGUUGUCUUUACAUCGGAACCCAUUUCAAUGCUCAUGUGACACACUGGAUUUUAUUCUGUGGAUUGAAGACAACAAUGUCACCAUCCCAAGCCUGACCACGGAUGUCUACUGCUUCGUAUCCUACGGCCAUCCUCAGGUGAUGAUUUACUUUGAGUUUGACCAGUGUGUCAACAACAGUCUGGCACUGCUGAUCUCAGUUCUCACAACUACCUUCCUCUUUUUCACCACGUCGAUGGCAACGGUGGCACACAUCUUCUACUGGGACGCCUCCUACGUCGUGUAUUACCUGAAGGCCAAAUGGAAGGGCUAUCGUUCUUCGGCCUCACAAGACAACGUGUACGACGUCUUCGUGACAUAUGACACCAAAGACCCCUGGGUCACGGAGUGGGUGCUGGAGACGCUGAGGGUGAAGCUGGAGGCGGAGGGGGAGAAGACGUUGCCCUUGUGUCUGGAGCAGCGGGACUGGCCCCUCGGUGUCCCCUUGAUCGACAACCUCACCCACAGCAUUCGCUACAGCCGCAAGACCCUGUUUGUGCUGACGAAGGCGUACGUCAAGACGGGGUUGUUCCGCUUGGCCAUGUACCUGGCCCACCAGCGGCUGCUGGAUGAGAACCUGGACGUGAUCGUGGUGCUGAUGUUGGAGCCUGUCCUGCAGAACUCCCACUUCCUGCGUCUGAGGAGGAGGCUGUGCGGGGAGAGUGUUGUGGAGUGGCCCAGGACUGCGGCUGCUGAGCCCUGGUUUUGGCAGAACCUCAGGAAUGUAGUCAGGGUGGACAACCAGACGAUGUACACCAGCACUUACUCUCAGUACUUCACCUGCAGCCGGGAGAGAGACUGAAGCUGUUGCUUGGAUGUUUUCCUUUUUCUGUAUUUCUUUCAUGUUAAGUUACUUAAAUUUACUUGUCGUUGUUGUAGGCUAUUUUUGCAGUUAUCUUUGAGAUAACUGCAAUCGUUGAGAGAUGCUUUUGAACUGAUCUUCUUUAUAGGUUGAAUGCAAUGAUAACAUGUGAUAAUAAUGAACCCCUUUUAACAGCCAAAUUUUUGGUCAUAGUGUUAUCAGUCUUUGUUUUGUAUUGCUGUUGUCUUGUGGUUUCGAUAGUUCCAUAAUAUAGGGCCUCUAUAUUUUGUAAUUAAGGUUGGCCUGAGGCUGAACUGUUGUCCUUUCAGAAAGGGUGGUCAACUCUCAAUACCAUUCAAAUAAUUAUAUAAAGACCUCUGUAAAGAUUAUUAGU